GCCGGCGCCGGCGCCGCACGCCGCCCAGUCGAGCCGGGAACACGCUGAGCUUCCGAGGUUCGCGCAGGAACGUGGGUCGCCGCUGCUCUGUCCAGCCAUGCAGGUGUCCAGCCUCAACGAGGUGAAGAUCUACAGUCUCAGCUGCGGCAAGUCUCUGCCUGAGUGGCUUUCGGACAGGAAGAAGAGAGCUCUACAGAAGAAGGAUGUCGAUGUCCGUAGGAGAAUCGAACUUAUUCAGGAUUUUGAGAUGCCUACUGUUUGUACCACAAUUAAGGUGUCAAAAGAUGGGCAGUAUAUCUUAGCAACGGGAACAUAUAAACCGCGGGUGCGAUGUUACGACACCUACCAGUUAUCCUUGAAAUUUGAAAGGUGUUUAGAUUCAGAAGUUGUCACCUUUGAAACUUUGUCUGAUGACUAUUCAAAGAUUGUUUUUUUACAUAAUGAUCGAUACAUUGAAUUUCACUCACAAUCAGGUUUUUACUACAAAACCAGAAUACCGAAGUUCGGAAGAGAUUUCUCCUACCACUGUCCGUCCUGUGACUUGUAUUUUGUUGGCGCAAGCUCUGAAGUUUAUAGAUUAAACUUAGAGCAAGGACGGUACUUGAACCCCCUGCAGACGGAUGCUGCGGAGAACAACGUGUGUGACAUAAACUUGGUGCAUGGCCUGUUUGCCACGGGGACAGUGGAGGGCCGCGUGGAGUGCUGGGACCCGAGGACACGUGGCCGGGUUGGGCUGCUGGACUGCGCGCUGAGCAGCGUCACGGCGGACUCCGAGAUAAACAGUUUACCAACAAUCUCUGCGUUGAAAUUUAAUGGAGCCUUGACCAUGGCAGUUGGAACAUCCACGGGGCAGGUUUUACUGUAUGAUCUUCGAUCGGAUAAGCCACUGCUGGUUAAGGAUCACCAGUACGGGCUGCCCAUCAAGUCCGUUCAUUUCCAGGACUCAUUAGAUUUGAUUCUGUCUGCAGACUCACGAAUCAUCAAAAUGUGGAACAAGAACUCCGGGAAGAUGUUUACCUCGUUGGAACCAGAACACGACAUCAACGAUGUGUGCCUCUACCCUGACUCAGGGAUGCUCCUUAUGGCCAACGAAACCCCCAAGAUGGGCAUCUACUACAUCCCGGUUCUGGGCCCUGCCCCCAGGUGGUGCUCCUUCCUGGACAACUUGACAGAAGAACUAGAAGAGAAUCCGGAAAGUACAGUGUACGACGACUACAAGUUUGUCACCAAGAAAGACCUUGAGAAUCUAGGCCUCACACAUCUCAUCGGGUCACCAUUUCUCCGGGCGUAUAUGCAUGGAUUUUUCAUGGAUAUAAGACUCUAUCACAAGGUGAAAUUGAUGGUAAAUCCAUUUGCUUAUGAAGAAUACAGGAAAGAUAAGAUUCGACAGAAGAUAGAAGAAACACGUGCGCAGAGAGUCCAGUUAAAGAAAUUGCCAAAAGUUAACAAAGAGCUGGCCCUUAAAUUAAUUGAGGAGGAAGAGGAGAAGCAAAAAUCUACCUGGAAGAAGAAAGCUAAGAGCCUUCCUAAUAUUCUCACUGAUGAUCGAUUUAAAGUUAUGUUUGAGAACCCUGACUUCCAAGUCGACGAAGAGAGUGAGGAGUUUAGGCUCUUGAAUCCACUUGUUUCGAAAAUUAGUGAAAAAAGGAAGAAGAAACUAAGACUCUUGGAACAACAAGAACUUCAUGAAAAAGAAGAGGAAGAAGAACCGGAAGGAAAGCCAAGUGAUGCAGAAAGUUCUGAGAGUUCGGAUGAUGAAAAAGCCUGGGUGGACGAGGUCAGGAAGCAGCGCAGACUUCUCCUCCAGGAGGAAAAGGCGAAGCGGCGGGAGCGGCUCAGGGAGGACCAGCAGGCCGUCCUCCAGCCCCGCUUCUACGAGAUCAAAGCGGGCGAGGAGUUCAGGAGCUUCAGAGACGCGGCCACAAAGCAGAAGCUGCUGAAUAAAACGCUUGAAGAUCGUCUGAAACUUGAAGCAAAAAGCGGCGCCUUGAGUGUGUCCGACACCACAGUUGGCAGCAAACAGUUGACGUUCACGUUAAAGAGGUCGGAACAGCAGAAGAAGCAGCAAGAGGCUGAGAAACUGCACCGGCAAGAAAGGAGGACGCUGCGUCGCUCUGCCGGUCACCUGAAGUCAAGACACAGGCGAGGCCGGCCGUUUCACUGAACCUGGCAACGGCCCUGCGCCCGGGGCAGGAGCGGGUCUCACACGGAUGGGCGUCCCGCGCCGGGGGCGGUGGGGGGGGGGGGGUCACGGAGGUCCUUGGCCCCUCUGCCGGGGCGGGUGGCCGCCUGUCCCCAGGCUUCCUCUCGGGCUCUGCAACAGCCCCACCCCGCUGGUAGGCGUGUGGCCCGAGUCACUGCUCCCCACGGACGCCCCCGGCCCUCCCCGGGCUUUAGUCAGGAGAAGCAGGUGCUCAUUCUUCUACGUCGUGAACCGAGUACCAUGACCUGGGAAGUGACUGUGUGCUCGACAUGAAGACUGUUCACGUUCCUAGGACUUUCUGCCCUGCGGCCCCUGCCGCCCCUGCCUGGUGGCUGCCAGGCAGCCCACUCCUGCCCCACCGGGCCCGCGCUCACACGCUCAGACGUUCGGACAUUGGGGCUUGUGCGUGUGUCCGCCUGGGAUUUUUAAAAAUAUAUUUGCAUACCAAGAGAAUAUAAUUUAAUGGUAACAACCUGAAACAGGAAACGGAAGCUCCUGCUUAUUCUUUUAACUUUUCACAAGAUGAAAUACAGAGUUUUGUUGUUUAUUUCUUAAGUGUAAAUUGAGAUAAACUGGCUGGAGGAAACAUUUAUAAAAAUAAACACUUCAUUUGAAUAGC